GCGAUUUCUUUAAAUAGCAGGUAGAGUUAUGGAAACGCCUGACCGCCAUGUUAAAUGUGAUCCUGGUUUAGUCUUGUUGCUGGAUUAAGCGAAAGUUUUUAAUAAAGGUUCGUAUAUUUCUGCAAAGCGUUAUAAGAAAAGAAAAUGAGUCCGUCUGAAAACAAACGCGCAAAAAGACGUAAAAACAAGAAAGGACGUCCAAUUCAUCAUAACGAAUACGUUGAGACGCACCCGAAGUCGUCUGCGGAUAAAAACGAAAAAAUGAUUGUUAAAAGUGAUGAUGAUUCUAAUUUAUCUGAUAAAUCAGUAAGCAAGUCUUUUAUACCUUGUCAAUUGUUUGCUGAAAAACAGCAAUGUUUAUGCCAUUGUGAACAAGCACAAACUGAAGAGAAUGUGCUUGAAUUAGAACAAGGAUCUGAAGAUAGUUGUGAUGAAAAUAGAAAAACUUCUAUUACACAGGAUUAUAUUUCCGGGACCACAGAAUUGUCUUCCUAUAACAUUGAUCCUGGAGCAGGAAUCAAUGAAAAUGGUGGUGAAGAAAGGAGCAUUUGUCAUUGUGAUUCAUGCAAUGAAAGAAGGGUGGCAGAAGCCGAGCAGAUAAAGGAGCAACAAGAAUUGAGAAAUUGCUGGUCAGAACUGAAACGAGCUGUUCACCAAUUGUACAGAGAUGCUGGGUUAAAUUUGGGGGAUUCGGUCAUGUUGCAACAAGUAUUUUCUUCUUAUAAAGAAAGUAACAAGCUUCAAAGUCCAGAACAUUUAAAGGAUCUGUUACACAGGUUAUGUGAGCAAGAUCCUCAUAAAUUAUUUCAAUGUCUGGAAGCACAGGUCCAUUUAUUUAUUGUGGAAAUGAGAUUGCGCCUUCUACGACAUUUAGUUGCCGGUAAAUCCUCAAAUGGAAAAUCGUUUAUAAGAACGACACUGGAGGAAUAUGCAAAAUUAUGUUCUGCAUCAAAGCAUCUGUCUCCCAUACUACAAGAAUUGGAAACUAUGCAUUUAAAACGAUUUAACAUAACGUGGGAACUAGUUAAUAGAUAUCUAUUUCAAAGCAUUGUGUAUUCUGAUCCAUUAAUACAAAAUGGUAUAGAUUUACUGAUAAAGCAGAAUGAUUCCUCACAAGACUAUCAAAAUGAUCAGCAAGUUAUGAUAAAAUUAAAUGACGAAAUGACCGUCAUUUCUGUUGUGUGGAGGGAGGCACAACAGCUCAUAGAAGAAUACAGCAAGGAACAGGCGGCGGUAAGGGCGAAAAGGAAAGAUUGGGACAUGUUCAAUACGCAUUGGAAAGUUUUAGAAGAGGAAAUUUUUAAUAAAUCCUCAUUAUGCAAUCAUUAUAGGUGUCCGUGUGAAGAAUGUUGCGGUAACAGAUGCCAUAACACAGAAAAUGUGCCACCCAAUCUCCUCACUCCUUCCGAAAUAACUCUGAUGAUUGAGAAGAAAGAUUCGCAGUCACUGGGUGUUACGGAUCUCACGUGUAACCACAGUACGCGAAGCUGUGGAAUUCAAAAGAGUCUUUCAAAAUCGCUGAUUUCUUCGGUCUCAAACACCCACGUCGGAUCAUGCAGGGAAUGUAUGCAGUCCACGGGAAUACUAAACGAGAAGUAUUAUUCUUCUAUUUCUCUAAAACAAGACAUAGAAGAAAUGCACGGAAUAAACCAUACCAGUGAGGCAUUAUUUACUGGAAAAUUAUCAGCCUGUCAUAACAGUCCUAGUAGAAGAAAUUGUGCCAGUGAAUAUAGUGUGUCACUUCCAAUGCAUCAUCACUGCUGUCAUAAUUCUAGUAAAGAUAGAAAUUUGUUGGAGAACCAUACGAGAUUUACGGAACAAUGUAUUUUGCAUUCUUUUUGUCAGGGUCAAAAUGCCACGACAGGAUUAAAUCCUGUUUUUAACAGUUCUGUUCCUUUAAACUCUUUUUCGCUGUCUAACACUACGAUAAAUAAUUUAAGUUUACAAGAUAUGACUAUCAUCAAUAAUCAUAAGCCGAUGUGGCAACCAUUGGAAGAUGAAAAGAGAGAACAGAUGUCAGAAAUAGGUGUAAACAUGAAGGGAACGAUAACGACAGACGUCAAACAGUGUGAGUGUCAUGCCUGUGCGAAAUUAAAGGAGACGCCAGUGCCACCCGCCGGACCGGUUGUGUCAUCCCUUCUUCCUGUGAGUCAUUCUCGAACUUCUUUCCCCCUCUUCACUCAUCUGAACGAAAUAUCCCAAAAUAAUUCUCGACCAUUGAUUCAUCCACACUUGUAUAAUUUACAAGUGGGAAAGGCCAAUGCCAGUGGUUCCCAGUCUAAUAACUUAUCACACCAUGCACACUGUGCUGUUGAUCUAGAUUUUGAGGAACGAGAAGUUUUGCAGGAACAACUAUACAUUGCCACAUAUGGAGAAUGGGAUUACAAUGCAGAAGAUGCCAGACCCUUCCCGAAUUACCAGAAGUAUGGAGAUUCCACAUUAAACAAUCAUUUUAUCCGUUCUCACAAUUCCCACCUGUCACGAUCUUCAGUCAGCAACAUCAGCACGACGGGAAGAAGAAAGCCAACGGGUCAUGGAUCUCCAGCAGCCCAGACCGAUCCGGAAAUGACUGAUGACCGUCUACCUUCACUUCCACACAGUCCCACGAAAACUCACUUAUCUUCUAUGCCAUCCAAUGCCUGCACGAGUCCAUACUGUCAUGGUCCCGUCGGUUCUUCUGGAGCCAAAAGGCACUGCCAUGUGCCAGACACUCUCCGCUCCGCUCGCAACCAGAACAUCAAUGGUGAUCUGCACUCUUCGGGUAAUGCGGGUACGCAGUCUGGAAAGAACCGGUCACAAACGUCCGACAAGGAACGGGUCCACGCGUCAACUAAUUCCAUAUCCAACGUUCCACCCACCCGGUCUUCCGAACUACACGGCAAAGAUAAUCAAAAUGAUAAUCAGCCGGUUUCAACGCCAUACUGCGAAGACACUGAAUGUGAGAGUCACGUGGCGGAGGGAGAGGAGAGUGUGGACGACUCCUGUUCCGAGCAGAGCUCUUCAACGUCCACGUCAAACCAACGCGAGAGCCGCGUCUGUGACUGCUGUUACUGUGAAGUGUUUGGCCACGGAGUUCCGGCUGUGGCUCCAGUCAGUAAAAAUUAUCCAGAAAUGAGAGAAAGGUUAAGAUUAAGGUUGAGCAAGAGAAAAGCAGAAACAGGUGGACCCACGACAAAAUCUCAAGACACAAUAGAACCUGCAGUGGACAACAGGGCACUGGAAGAACUGUUAAACUUCAUCAAUGGAAAUAAUAAUUCUCCCAAUAAAUCAAAAGCUUCGAAACGACAAAAAAAGAAGAAGAAAGCGGAAGAGAAGAUCGUCAAGCAGUUAGAAAACUGCAGCCUGCGAAGCGAAGAGAUUUAUCAGUCUUCGGAUUCCUACCAAAAAUCAAAAUACCGGUGCCCGGAGGCCCAGUGCGGAGACGUCUGCGGAAAGAAGACGGCUUUUGCGCCCGAUCCGGACCAAUUUCUCAACGGAGUCUCCGCGCAGAAGAACCAAUGCUGCGGCCAAGACCACAACGGAACCGACGCGGCCACUAAAGGCAUCCCGGAGACCACCGACUCCGGAAGCGGCAGGUCGACGGCGCCUCCCCAGGGGACCGACUCCGCCGCCAAAGACAACAAGAAGAACGCCGCGCCCGACAGUCAGAGCCCGAAACCUUCCGCCAGGAGCAAAAAGAACAAGAAGAAGAAGAACUGCCUAGACGACGCCACCUCCCUGGACGACGUCUUCCUGCCUAAAGACAUCGAUUUGGAAAACGGGGAACUGGACGAACUGGAGAAGGAACUGGAGGCGUUUAAAAGGUUCUGCUUCAAUUCCAAGCCGCUGGCCCGCAAGGAGAAGGUCAACGUCAACCUCAAGGACAUAGUUCUGAAGAAGAAGUCUCAGUACGCGUCGUCGGGACCCAACGCCUCUUCCCAGAACCAAAAGUGUUGAACGCCGUCGCGGACGUUACCGAUCUAUCUAUAUCUUUCUCUCGACCGCAUCCCAUCGGACGGGAACCGCCAUCACGACGAAGACGUAUCCAGUAAACUGUUGAUUCUGUCCUUUGUUAUCUAUCGUUUAUUCGCAUUUUAUUACGGCAAGAGAAUAAAAGCAGACUGAUAUGUAUCAGUUGAAGUUAAAAAAA